AUGGCGUCAACAACGUUCGCACUGGAUGUAGCAGAGAAAGCUCUCCUUGAGCAUGGCUUCUUUGCUUUGGACGACUCCCUGGUUGGGGACCGGAUUUGGGAGAUGGAGGAGAGGGGGUUCCCGUACUUCACAGAGUACGGCUUGGAUUUCUGCCGACAAUUUGCCUUUGAUCAGCGCAUCCGAUCUAUCCUCGAAAACUCCUUCGAAAAGUGUAGUCUCGGUCACUGGCUGAGAUACGAGGAGUUCCCUGGUCACGUCGAAUGCUUUAGGCGGGGCGGCCCAAGGGCCGGUCGGCGUGUUCUCGUGGUCCACCUGUGGGCCAAAGGAUCGCAAGUGGCGUAUUACGUCGGUUCGCAUCUCCAUGAGAUGGCUACUUCGAGGAGCAGACGGUCUUUGUACGAAAUACCUCUUUCUGAGCUGGAUCGCGUGGGCUCUAAGCCUAAGCACAAAGACUUCCCAGACGGUGGCAUAGUAAUUCUUGACGCGCGGCUCGGUUUCGAAAUCAAGGAAGGAUACGCAAUCACGUUUCUAUAUGCCACCGACGAAGUAAUCGCCAACUGGGCGAAAAUAGUCCUUCCUUACUCAAAAGCGUUGGUAGAAAAAGUCUCUGACAUGGAGAAGGAAAGCACGAGAAUUGGGCUAAACUUUGCAUUUGAAGUUUCUCCGGGAGGUAAAGCUACAUAG